AUGGCGACGUGGUGCAGUCGUCUUCUUCAACAAGGAGCUCGUCUGGCUCGUCGCCGUGGAGCAGCUGAAAGCUCCAUUCAUUCCGUAACUUGUGCCAGAACUUUACAAACCCCAACAUGGAUUGACGAGCAUCUCACAGAUGAACACCAAAAGUAUAUUAGGAGGGAAAUAGCCGAGGAAUACAGACAACAGACCGCGGACAAGCUCUACCCGCUAAAAGAUGAACCGUGGGAGCGACAUGAGUGGACAGAAGGGAGUCGAAGAGUUGGUCUGGUGGCUGUGAAGUUGGGAAUGGCUCCUCUGUGGACAAAAACUGGAGAAAGACAUGCUGUCACUUUGUUGCAGGUUCAAGACUGCCAUGUGAUAAAGCACAUUUCCAAAGAAGAUUUUGACGGACGCACUGCUGCGCUUGUUGUCGGAGGAAAAAACGUAUCACCAUUCCACAGAUCCGAACAGCGAAUGGAGAUGUUCAUGAAUGCGGGAGUACCUCCCAAGCAGAAAGUCACCAUCUUUAAAGUUUCAGACAACGCUCUCAUUAAACCUGGCACUCCUUUGUAUGCAGCGCAUUUCCGUCCAGGCCAAUAUGUGGAUGUCACAGCCAAAUCUAUUGGGAAAGGCUUUCAGGGUGUGAUGAAGCGUUGGGGAUUCAAAGGUCAGCCAGCAAGCCACGGGCAAACAAAAACACAUCGCAGACCUGGAGCUUCUGGACCAGGAGGCGAUCCCGCCAGGGUUUUUAAAGGGAAAAAAAUGCCAGGACAGAUGGGCAACAUCUACGUCACAGCGUACGGACUCAAGAUAUGGAGAGUCAAUACCAAGCACAACGUGCUGUAUGUAAACGGCUCCGUCCCCGGCCACAGGAGCUGCUUACUGAAGGUGAGGGAUAGCACUCUCCCAACCCGGUUAUCCACCUUGAGCAGCCCCCCUUUCCCCACCUUCUUCGCCGAGGAAGAAGACAACCUUGCCGAAGACCUUUACGACGAGGACAUGUUCAUUCACACGGAAGAGUCAUUAUCGCUCACCUGA